GGCACACAGCGUUAUUAUGUUGUACAUUUUGUAAAAGAGAACACUGUUGAAGUUGUACCAGAGCAGUGGGUGGAGAAGAGAGAUGGGGUGAGUUAAUCAGUUAAAUGGUUUACUCUUUUCAGGCAAAGAGAUAGAUAAAUAGUUAACCUUAAACAGAGUCUCAUAUCUUGUUGCUACUGGCCAAGAAAUGCCAGCGCAACAAUGAUUAAGAGAGGAGACCGGCCUGACAAAAUAUUAUGGGAGAAGUACAGAAUUUCCAUCUUUUCAUCCACUGGUAAAAUAAUAUUUGACUGUAUCCAUCCACUCCCGUUUAUAUUGCAAUGCAUGCUUGGUUGUGUGGCUCUGGAGCAGGUUGCAUCAGUUGAACAUACUCCUAUACGUAAGGCUAGUUCCAACGUAGAACAUGUUCUAAGCCAGGCCUAAACCUGUGUCAACACCUGGUUGUAAGUAAUAGCUUUUGCUACGGCAGGGUGUAAAAACGAAGUGUAAUGUGGGGUAGACGUAUAGUAUAAAUCUAUAACUAGUUUCCAAGGUAAGUGUUUCAUGACUAGUCAUGUCACAUCUUGUUCAAUUUUCUAAAUCAUUAUGUCGGGCGUAGGUAGGCCCAAUUUAUCUCUACCUUAUUAGCGUCUAACUGGUGCAACACACUCCUGGUCAGUAGAGUCAGUAACUUCCCCCUCUUAAGUACUAUAUGUAUUUGCUGAAAGUAUUACUAUGUGAAUUACAAAUCCUCAUUACCCUGUUUUGCCAGUGUUUAUAGGAAAGUAUUUAUGACUAAGUUUAUUGCACGUACAGACAAUUACUCUGUGGCAGAGCAACGAGCCAAACGGGGGUUAACACCUCCAAUGUUGAAUCUGACGAGGAACCAGCGAAGAGGGCAGUGACUAAACCAAUCAGAUUCCGUGUAGAGCCACCUGGUGAGGAUUUCUUAACUGCUCUUAUUCCAUUGUGUGUAGUACAUGCAUCAGGAAGUAGAUGAAAUAAAUUACAAUUUUUUUGUAUUGUGCUUCGUAAGAUGAUGAUGGAAGUGAAGCACUCCAGAAAAAGACAAAUGAACCCAGACAAGCCCAGCUUACAGUGCCCCAUCUUCCACCAGCCCCUAGUGGUAAGAUCCUGCAUUAGGCUACUAGGUCAUUAAAUGUAUAAUCAGCAAGUUGAUGGUAAGUUUGACACACAUUCAAGUAUGUGGGUGAAGAAAAGCUUACAGUUAAUGCAAGUACUAGUCUUAAAUUGAGACGGCAUGAAAUCAUAACCUAAUGACAUUUGAUAUGACAAGAAAUUACCACACCCAUCUGAUCUUGACAUACUUGAUUAUUAGUCACAUUACCAAAGUGUAACAGUUCUUUAUUUUAUUUUAUUAGCAACUUCAAGAGCCAGUGUCUUUGAAAAGACCCUACAAGGUACAUAAUGUUUCAAGUCUGAUAAACAAGCCUCCUUUCUCAAAGUUCUGUUCCCACCAACUGUAUGGGAUGAACAGGAAAAUCUGUGUGUACUAUAAAUGUGGUAAUCUGUGAUAUUCUCUGAAGUUACAGAUGAAGAGGACUUGAGGCCAUGUGCCACCUCAAGCCAGAGCAACAGUAAGUGUCUGGUUGUAGUUUGUUAUGGUAAACAAUUGAAUUGUAUGAAGUAUUAUAGCUUUACAAACCUUUAAAAGCAACUCAAUAGAAUACAAUUACCAUCACAUUUUUGCAUAUUAGGUUAUUUAAAGUCUUAUUACUACUUUGUGCAUAAUAUUUGGACUUUCCAAAUACUUGUGGUGCUGUGUAUGGGUGAAACUUGUAUUUAAAACAGUAGUGAAAUCACCAUAUUCUUCUGGGGUAAAACAGAAGUGUGAUGCCAUGUUUGUAAAUAUCUGUAUGUAUUUUCCAUCAAACUAAAAGCAUUAUUUAAAACAAAAAAUGAUGCUUAGCAUUUAUUUUUGUUGGGAUUCAUUAACCUUCCGACUGAGCUCCUGACUGACAUCCCUUCACUUUUGAUUCUGUGCCAGUUUCAAAAGCAUGCAAAGUAUGUCUUAAUGUUUUCCCUUCUGUUUUCUCAGUUAGUCCAAGUGGCAGCCAGGAAGAAGCUGGCCAAGACAGAGCAUCAGAAUCAGGUUUCUUUAGCCAUCAAGAUAUUGAUCUCGAAAUCGUAAAUGUAGAAAGUUUAAAUAACAGCAUGAUUUUUUACUUAUAUUUUAGACCAAGAGCUGCCAUCCCUGCUUGAUGAGCCUGUGGCUUCUGAGAUGCCCGCUGGAUACAUUAAAUAUAUUAUGUUAGCCUAUAUGUUACAAAAUGUUGCUUCUCUUGUAUUAUCAACAUCAAUUCCAAAUUGUAUGGCUGUCAGCAGCUAUAUGGUUAUCAAUACUACUAAUAUAUAAUGAAGGGUGGAUAUUUUGAUUGAGGUAUUUCACAUGGCCUUGAUACAUGUCCUGCCUGGUACUCAUGGCUUGUAUCGUCACGCUGCUUGCAGCUAAACUGUUGAUUCUUUAUUAUUUUGCAGAUCUUCAAGCAGUGGAGAUGAGGAUAAUGGUGGAACUGGAGAUGAUCCGUACAGAGUUCAGGACUGCUCUGAACCAAGUUAUGGAGGCCAUAGAGGCCCGGCAGCCAAAGGAGUCGGAAUCCUUGGGGCAACUUGAAAUGCUGCAAAACCCUGCAGAAACAAAUGAGGAACUGAAGGAUAUCUGUGAUAUCUGUGAAACACCAUUUAAAAUGUAUCUGUUUGUAAAAGAUGGGAAAUCUACAUCAAGUAUUUUAACAGCAAUUUACAAAAAUUUACAAAAAUAAGUUAGCCCCUUGAAUGCGUCCAGAUUUGAGAGAAGAUUGCAACCUGCAAUAUUAUCGAAUCCAAACAUCUUAAUGUCAAUGAAAUGCAGUUGUCAUAUAUGCUAUAUGCCUAUUUAGUGUUUGGAUUGAUUUUCCAAUGAACACUUAACUUAUCUUAAGAAGAAACGAUCAGCCCUCUGCCUGUUUACACAAGUUUUAGCCCAUGAUUACAUGAUACACUACAAAUAUGAUUUCUCAUUACUAUCAAACAGAACUGUAUGGCCAGCUGUUUUAGCUUAGGAACACACAAAUUAGUGGGAUUUUUAAAAUAUUUUUUUAAUUUUUUUAUCAGAUCCGAUACCUGACCCUCUGCUGUUGCCUGGACCUAGGCUCAGGAAUCAGACAAAUGAUGAGAAAAAUUGGAACAGAGGAG